AUGGGAAAGGCUGCUGCACCAGUGACGCCGCCAAAGGCUGGUGCACCAGUGACGCCGCCAAAGGCUGCUGCAAAAGGACGCGGCGCUCGGCCAGAUCGCCCAAGCCAGAUCCGCCGGGAGUACUCCAUGUCACUGGAGCGCCAGGGUGCCAAGCUGGCAGAGGUGAGUGCGGAGGUGGCGAAGCUGACUGUGGAGAAUGCCUACAAGCAGGAGGCGCAAUCCCAGCAGAGCUACAAGUCCCUCUAUGAGCAGGCUGUUGUGCACAACCAGGAGCUCCAUGGGGCACUCAGCCAGAGCAACAAGCAGCAUGAGCAGCAGCUCAAGAAGGUCCUCGAGGAUGUUUCUGCGAAGGAUGAACGGCGCCGGUCGGAGAUCCUCAGGGGGCACAAGCAGGAGAUCCUUGCGAAGGAGAUCGAGAUCACUGCCCUGAAGGAGGAGCUCAUGCAGAAAGAUGCUGUCAAGGAGGCCGGCUCUUCUGCCCUUAGACGUUCUGACAUGGACAGGCUGCAGCCAAGGCAGGGCUGGCUCUGCAUUCCAGUUUGGUAG